UUAGAAGAUACUCAGGCAUUCCACAAAAAGUUGAAUCAAGAUAAACUUUUACAUGCUCCUGAGUUUAUUAUCAAGCCUCGUUCUCACACUAUCUGGGAAAAGCAAAGUGUCAAAUUUCAUUGCACCGUGGCUGGCUGGCCAGAACCCCGUGUUACAUGGUACAAAAACAAUGUGCCCAUCAAUGUACAAGCCCACCCUGACAAGUAUAUAAUUGAAAAUCGAUAUGGGCUUCACUCACUGGAGAUUAGCACAUGUGAUUUUGAAGACACUGCUCAGUAUCAUGCUUCUGCUAUGAAUGUUAAAGGAGAAAUUUCAGCUUACGCGUCCCUUGUGGUAAAGAGAUACAAAGGAGAAAUUGAUGCAAGUCUUUUACACCCUGGAACUGUUACUAUGCCUAUGGGCUUCGGUGUUACCCCACAUGGGUUUGCUUCCAGAUUUGAAAUCAGUUUUGUUGACAAGUUUGAUGUCACCUUUGGGAGAGAAGGCGAGACAAUGAGUCUGGGUUGCACAGUUGUCAUCAAUCCGGAUAUUAAGCGCUUCAAACCAGACAUCGAAUGGUACAGAAAUGGUGUUCUUAUUACGCCAUCUAAAUGGGUCCAGAUGCACUGGAGUGGGGAGCGAGCUACAUUAACACUGACUCAUGCAAACAAGGAGGAUGAAGGUCUUUACACUCUGCGUGUGGUGAUGGGAGAAUACUAUGAGGAGUACAGUGGCUAUGUCUUUGUUCGAGAUGCUGAUGCUGAAAUCCCAGGCGCCCCUGGCGCUCCUCUGGAUGUGCAGUGCCUAGAUGCCAACAAAGAUUAUGUCAUUGUUUCCUGGAAGCAGCCAGCUGUUGAUGGAGGAAACCCCAUCCUUGGAUACUUCAUUGACAGAUGUGAGGUUGGCACCACCCACUGGACCCAGUGCAAUGAGACUCCGGUGAAGUUUGCUCGGUUUCCUGUCACUGGCCUCAUUGAAGGCCGCUCCUAUAUUUUCCGAGUGCGAGCUGUGAACAAAGUCGGCAUCAGCCUUCCAUCCCGGGUGUCCGAGCCCGUGGCUGCGCUGGAUCCUGCUGACAGAGCCAGGCUUAGAAGUCACCCUUCGGCUCCCUGGACUGGACAGAUUAUUGUCACUGAGGAAGAACCUGCAGAGGGUGUUGUUCCUGGUCCACCUACAGACCUCCAAGUUAUUGAAGCCACCAAGAACUAUGUUGUGCUUAGCUGGAAACCUCCUGGACAGAGGGGCCAUGAGGGUAUUAUGUACUUUGUGGAAAAGUGUGUUGCUGGCACAGAGAACUGGCAAAGAGUGAACACAGAGAUCCCCGUCAAGUCUCCUCGCUUUGCAGUUUUUGAUUUGGCUGAAGGCAAAUCCUACUGCUUCCGGGUUCGCUGUUGCAAUUCUGCUGGAAUUGGUGAGCCUUCAGAAGCAACCGAAGCUACUGUGGUGGAUGACAAACUUGAUAUUCCCAAAGCUCCUGGCCGUAUUAUGCCAACUAGAAAUACAGAUACCUCGGUUGUUGUCACUUGGACAGAACCUCCAGAUGCCAAGGAGUUGGUUGGAUACUACAUUGAGUCAAGUGUGGUUGGAUCUGGUCAUUGGGAACCAUGCAACAACAAUCCAGUGAAAGGCACAAGAUUCAUUUGCCAUGGGCUUGUCACUGGUGAGAAGUACGUUUUCCGAGUCAGAGCUGUUAAUGCAGCUGGACUCAGUGAAUUUUCACAGGAAUCAGAGCCUAUAGAAGUGCAAGCAGCCAUUGGGGGAGGAUUGCUUCAUGGUGUGUGUCCUGAACUGAGUGGUAAAGCUGGUGGACUAACAGACUGCACUACCAGUUGGGAUGGCAUGCAUGAGUCCUCCCAGCCUAUCUUUGACACAGAUGCUUUGCUAAAAUGCAACGCUAAAUGUAAUAGAGACACACUACCCAGUAGCUCUGACAAACUGAGGAACACAGGAGACAAUUACAUGAGAGAAAUGGUUAAGGAUGCUACCACAUCUGCACCACAAAAUGUUGCUGCUAAGCAGGCAAGUAAGUCUCGACCCGGGGAUCCUUUGACACUGGAAAAGGUGAAAGAGAAGAAAGAUAUAGCUGCUCCAUCUCCACCUUAUGACAUAACGGUACUUGAGAGUGUUCGUGACUCAAUGGUACUGGGAUGGAAACAACCUAAAAUCACUGGUGGAACUGAAAUUACUGGCUACUAUGUGAACUAUCGUGAAGUAAUUGGUGGAGUUCCUGGGAAAUGGAUGGAGGCCAACAUUAAGCCCGUUAGUGAGAGGGCAUACAGGAUUCAAAACCUGAAGGAAAAUAUGGUUUACCAGUUCCAAGUUGCUGCUGCUAACCUGGCUGGGGUAGGGACACCUUCCCCACCCAGUAAAUCCUUCAAAUGUGAAGAAUGGACCAUUGCUGUACCAGGGCCACCUCAUGAUCUUGAAUGCAUAGAAAUUAGGAAAGAUUCCUUGGUUUUAUUGUGGAAGGAACCAGUUUAUACUGGUCGUAGUCCUAUAGCUGGUUAUUACGUUGAUCUAAAGGAAACUGAAGCAACGGAGGAACACUGGAGAAGUGUCAAUGAGAAGCCACUUCAAAAGAGAUAUUUGAAGAUAGGUGGCCUCAAGGAAGGUGUGAGCUACGUGUUCCGUGUGCGGGCAACAAACCAAGCAGGUGUUGGGAAACCAUCGGAUGCCACUGAUCCUGUUGUAGCUGAAACACGACCAGGAACUAAAGAAGUAGUGGUUGAUGUAGAUGAUAAUGGAGUCAUUUCCUUGAACUUUGAAUGCGAUCAAAUGUCUCCAAACUCUAAGUUUGUUUGGUCCAAGAAUUAUGAACCAAUUGAAGAUGACUCUCGACUGGACAUUGACACAAAAGGCGGAAAGUCAAAAGCUAUCUUUAAGGACCUUGGAGAAGAAGAUUUGGGAAUUUAUUCUUGUGUCGUUACAGACACUGAUGGAGUUUCAUCAAGUUACACGAUUGAUGAAGAAGAAAUGAAACGUCUUCUUGCUCUGAGCCAUGAACAUAAAUUCCCAAGUAAGUGAAUUGAACAUAUCUGUAGAGGAGAGGUUUACGUGCAUUGGGGUAUGUAUCACAAAACUCCUGUCAGCAUCAGGUAGAGAAGUUUCUACAGCAAU